ACAGCAUCUUCGUCGGUGACAAUUUUGAAAAAAACAAAGAACCAAAUACGCUUUGUAAGCCAAAAAAAAGACCGAUUCUUCUGUCUCUGCGAGAGAGAGAGAGAGAGAGAGAGAGAGAUACAGACAGAACACGGAUUGAGAGAAUGACUGAAAUUUCAAGAAGUAGAUCGCUGCGUUUUCUACUGUUUUUCGCUUCCGUUUCUCUACAAUUCAUUUCAGGUUUUUCUGAUGACACUACAAGUUCAAAAAACAACACAAAGACCAAGUCUAAUGGGAAGAGUAAUUCUGGGACAAAGGUAGUCAUCAUAUUGCUUGGGCUUGUUGCAGUAGGGUUGUUUUCGUUUUUCCUUUUCAAGCUGUGGCAAAAAAAGAAAAGAGAUGAACAAUAUGCCCGUCUGUUGAAGUUGUUUGAAGAAGAUGAUGAGCUUGAGGUUGAACUUGGCCUUCGGGACUGACUGCAUCAUUGAAAACUGUGCUCAUCCUAUUUGAGUUGUGCACGCUCAAAUGGCGUAUUGGGCUUGUGUUGUUUAGAAAACUCAUUUUUCUGAUGAUCAAAAUCAGGAUUUAGGCAUAUCCUGUGGUGAGACAGCUUUUCAACCAUAAGUUGUAGUAUUUGUAAUGAUAUAUUCAAAUGAAAUUUAUUAUGAAUUUAAGUUUUGUGCCAACUUAUAAUGGGGAUUGAUGGUUAUACCAUUGUGUAAAAGUGUUUGAAAGUUGUUAGUUCACUGUUUGUAAAGAAUGAUUUUUAUAUUCAUCUUUUUCGUGAUAUUGAUAAGUUGAUCCUAUAGUGGUUGAGUUUUCUUGACUUCCUGCCUGCUAUGCUUGUGGCUUAAAGUGUGUACCAUACAAGAGUUGAUACUCAAAACCUUUAUUCUGAGUUGGGGGGAGAGAUAAAUUCCUCGAUUAAAUAAAAGGGAAAGCUAUUGAAAACUCUAGGAUUAGCAAUCAUUGUCUGUCCAUCAGUUUAUCUCCGGCAGCUAGGGCUAGGGCAGGUAUGAAAAUGUGACGUGAUUUGAUCCUCAAACUAUGCUGUUUGUAACAUUGAAGCGCCUGAUAGUUUAUGCUUGCAACAAACGAAAAUAACUAAUGCUGUGUUUAAACGAAGAGGUUCUUCUUAUGUGCUAUAAUAUUUUCGUAUCUAGCUAGGAUAAAUUUCGCCCAAAAGGCAGGAACACUUCUGUCAGAGCAUAACAGCCCAUAUGAAUGAUUAUGAUAUUCGUUGCAUACAGUCUUGAAUUCCUACAUUAUGAACCAAAAGGUAGAAUCAGAAUCAGAGAGCUGGAUUCAUAACUAAACAAAUUCAGAAGCACAAAACAAAUUC